CCUCAGUCGACAGCAUUGGAUAAAACAAGGAACUGCCCUUUUAUCAUUUAGACCUUUAAUAUAAGAGAGCAAGAUAAUAUUUCAACCAAAAGCAUCAUCAUAAGAACUGCUCUUGCCGGCGCUGAGAGUAUAUAACUAUUGCUCCUUGAAACGGUCACCAUGGCAACCAGACAUGAAAGACCCAAUUACACCAGAGUUUCUGCUCUGAGAAAUAUCUGUUACCGAGUCUGGAGAAACCCCUUCAGCACACGAGGUUACACAAUCCUCAGGAAUGAUGUACCUGAGCACAGAAUUGUGAUUCCAAACCACAGUGCUAACAAAAGCAGACAUUUCGGGUCUCCAAGGCUUUACCAAGGGAAUAAAAUCAUUACCACCAAAUAUACACUGCUGAACUUCAUUCCCAAAAACCUCUACGAGCAGUUUCACAGGUGUGCCAAUGUCUACUUUUUGUUUCUGGCUCUUUUGAAUUGGAUCCCUGUUGUCGAAGCAUUCCGGAAGGAUCUCACGAUGAUCCCAUUAGUUAUAGUUCUGGGCUUGGUCGCAAUUAAAGAUGCUAUUGAAGACUAUCGACGAUAUAGAUUUGACAGAGCAAUCAACCAUUUACUAACAGAUGUGUUGGACAGGACUCGAAGAGGCAGCUGCGCUAUUAAUGAGGCCGAAAACCUCUCAACACGAGGAAAUCAGCAGGCCAGUCAACUUCUCUCAGGCUUCCCCUCUCCACCAGAUGUUUCUGGACACCAUCAGUGUGUUAUGUUGGACUAACAGUGUGGUCACACAAUCAGAGAAACCAGUCUGAAGAUUUGGAAUCUAUUAGUUUUUCUCUCCCCUAUAUUGAGUGCCUAAUGACAAGUUAGCUCUCUAUAUAAUAGCCUGAGCAAGAGCUUUGAAAAUUCACUUACAGAGUCAAGGUUGGCAUGUCCACGGUUGUUCAGUAUGAGAAUGCUGGACCA